AUGAUUCAGAUAUGCCGUGCAGAAGACGGCGAAUCAUAUCAGGUCAAUGCUAACUUACGAGACAUUGAGAGGCGAGGAAGCCUAGAGGCAUUCUUGAAUCAGGAGACGGGCGUUGAUCAGGACGCUAUCUUGGCCUACCUUUCCGAUGGCACGCGCUUGCGUACCGACAAUACUAUCUAUGUUUUCAACAAGUAUUAUUUGGAUUUUGACUUAAACGACGUGCUUCACGAGCUAAGGGUUAACCCACCUCUACAACCUCCGAUUGAAGAUUCAAUUUCUACAACUCCUCCAUAUCGACCUCCACAACUCGCCGCAUCUUACAUUCGCACAGCACACACGCACCUCGAACACGUCGUCCAUACCGUAGCCACCCUUCAUCGUCAACAUCAAGCAGCUCGAAUUGCAUCAGGCAGCCUCGAACUGAACGUUCUCGCUAUAGCUGACGUCUUCGAUGGCAUCGCUAUGACGGCCCGUAAGGACCUCGAACGUCAGGCUGCGCUCCUUGCUGGUCUGGAUGCGGAUUUGGAAAUUAUAAGCCGCGUGAAGAUACAUAUCGAAUUUUUGUCGCCUGCUGUGAGAACCGCGAUUGAGAACGGAGAGCGACCGAGGACGCUGGGUGAUUAUGUAUCGAAUGUGAAGAUGAAACAGGUCGCUGACGCGUGUGCGAGGACGCAUGAGGACCUUCGGGCUCAGUUCCAAGACGCUGAGAAGUCAGCGGCCAGAUUAACGAACGGAACUGAUUCUGUACGCGCAAUAGUAAUGAAUACGCAAAUUCUAGAGAGUGCGGACGCCUCAGGCCGUCGGGCGCAGGAGAUUCUUGAAAAGGCCUCGGACAUUACGGCAGCUCUUGAGAGUCCUGCCACGGAUUCAAAUAGCCUUCUUCGUGAGCUGAAACAUCUUGAUGGUGUACUGCGAAACGAAGUACAAGCUGUUACCGAAGCCAAGAACGCAUAUACCGAGCAAUGUAUCGGUAUCCUUCGGCAAAUCAGUGCCUUGAAUAUCGACAUUGUGCAGCUGCCAACGACCUUAUCUAACCUGCAAGGCAAAUUCAGGGCUAAGAACAGCUUUUCUCACAUACAAAGGCUUCAUAAUAUGCUGUAUGCAUAUGGUGCCACUGUCGUUGAGAUCGUGCGACGCAAGGAAUUUGCUCACUUUUUCUAUCAGCGCGCACAAAGCAUUUUGGAAGUGAUGGCCAAGCUGUCUGCAAGCGAGCGGAAGCGCCGACAGGUAUAUAGAGGGGAAGUGCAUGGUCAACUGCCCUUCGAUACAAAAGGAAUGGAUGAUGUUGUACCGACCAUCGACUUUUCACCUUCCGGUAGCAAAGAGCCGUCGUAUUCGCUGAAACGAGAUGACAUCGAUGUGUUGCUCCAAGUCCUGGGUGAUCUAGAGUCGUGGGCGCGGUCAAGUUCAGACCCUGUGGCGAUGGGCUCAAUACAGGAAGCAAGAAGUGCAGUGAAUAAGCUCAUAACCAAGAUGGAUAAUCUGGAAGCUGGGUUCGACCGUAUCGCUGAGCGUUCUUGUGAUACUCUCGGCAUCACGACUGUCCUCGUCACGCAGAAGGCCGAUCUUCAAACCACUGAACUCACAUUUCACUCCGAGCGGGAACGUGCGGAUAUACUGGAGCGUGAGCUGCACCAAGCCAAAGCGCAGAUUGAAAGCGAGGUUGCAGCCCGACGCAUACUGGAGCGCCGUAAUUUGGAGUUGGCCCAAGACCUCGAAAAAGAGCGACAGAAUCGUGUUCUAGCACUCGUUGAUGCAACGGAACAGACACGUGCAGUUGAAGUAAUGAGGCAGGAGCUAUCGCAGGUCCGUUCGCAAGCGGAGGAAGUGAAAGCUUUGGAGGCUAGGAAUGCGUCAAAAAUUUCUCAGCUGGUCGAGGAGCAAGGAACGACUUUGCGGAACCUGGAGGCAGCACGUUCCAGAGGGGAAAAUUUAGAGACCCAGAUCCAAACCGCUCGUUCUGAAUGCGAAGAGUUGAACAGGGCCCUGAAGAACACCAACCUGGAGAAAGAUAGAUUACUUCGGGUACAGGCUAACGAGCACGAUCGCAUCAUGCGGGAUCACAUCGCCGAAGCUGACGGCGACAGGGCUGUUCUUGAACACCAAUUCUCGGAGCUCAGAGCACAGCUUGAAGCCACUGAACGGCAACUGAAGGAGGCACGCUCACAAACCGAGCUAACCAACGCAGAUGCCAUGGGUCUGCGAGAGGAGCUUCAGCGGGUCGAGCACGAGCUUCGGGAGGCAAGGCACAUAGAGAGAAUCCUCCGAGAUGACUUGACAGCUGGACGGUCUUCUCAGUCUGACUACGAGCAUCGAUUGGAAAACAGUGGUCGUCUGGUUGCUCAGAUGCUUGACGUCGCAAUUGCUUUCCGAAAUUCUCAUUGCAAAGCACUUUCUCUCGUGCAUAAUCUCACCAGUCACCCCAGUUCAUCGAAGCAUGCACAGUCCCUUGCCGAUUCUACGUUCACAUCCACUCAACGCCACGGACAGAGUGCUGGUGCGCAAGCCGAUGAGCCCCCUCCAAUUGAUCCAUCAGAUCUUCUGGGUGCCCUGGAAUCACUACGUGCCUUCGACCACGAUCAUUUCUUGGAAGCGGUGGGCAGAACAGGUUCUAUCAUUCGGAAGUGGCAGAAGCAAUGCAAGGAAUAUCGAGAGCGCGCAAAGGGCAAGAUCUCUUUUCGGAAUUUUGCCAAAGGGGAUUUAGCACUGUUCCUACCAACCCGCAAUUCUAUUUCAAAACCUUGGGCGGCGUUUAAUGUUUCAUUCCCACAUUACUUCCUUUUGGCCACUGGUCACCUCGGCGAGCAGCUGAAAACGAGAGAAUGGAUAGUGGCAAGGAUAACAUCCAUUACCGAACGUAUUGUCGAUAGUAAGGAUCCCUCCAGCAAUCCAUAUGGUUUAGGCGACGGGGUAAAGUACUAUAUGUUGGAAGUGGAAGACUGGACUCAAGCAGGUCAGAUGAAUAAGCGGAGACCUGCUGGCAGAAAGGUUUCGGCAUUAUCGGAUCCUGAAACCGACCGCAAGACAAGCUCAAUUCCUCCCGAGCCUUCUCCUAGCCCACCACCAGCGCCUCCCCAGUCUGACUUUGAGAGCGUUUUCAGUGUUACACAACCUCCCACAUCAUCAUCCUUCCCCGUCAGGGCAAGAGCGAACUCCACACCUGUUGCUGGUCCAUCUUCAUUGUCUCGUCUGCUUGCCCAAGCCCCUCCUGAGAACUCAAUGGAAAUAAGUCCAUUGUCGCGGGAUGUUUCUCCCCCUACUACCCCUUUGCCACCACCACCACCUCCUUCGCCGCCGAUACAAGUUGAUUUGAAUGCGCAACAGCCUGCCUCAUUAACUCAUGCUCCAUACAUACCAUCUCCACUGCGUCCAGGUUCGCGUGCAUCUCGUGGCUCCUCGUCCUCUAGGUUCUCUGCGGUGCGGCUUCCACCACUUGCAUCUGUCUCUGCUUCCCCCACUUCUGUGAAAGCAGUGGCUACUACCGCUCUGACAGAACAUGAUUUAUCGUCAAUAUCCCCUCCACACGAAUAUUCAACUAUCAAAGGACCGCCGUCUCCACAGGGCUCGUUGUCUGAAGGGAUGACCAGCAUCUUUCUCAACAGACGCCGGACUACGUCACACCAUGUCCCUCGGUCCUCUCCAUUGGCGUCUAGCAAUUUUUCGAGCCCACCAUCCGCUACCAGCGCACUUGCUAGCUUAGCCAGCAAUUUUGUGCCUUUCGGGAGAAGAAAGAAGGUCGAUAUGCCUGCUCCCAUCAUUGAGGGGCCUGUACGCGAUCAAGCCGGGGGUAGUGAGGUGUCAGCUAGUGAUAUGCUGAGACGGUUUUAG